AUGACUGCCAAAGAGGCAUCAAUGUUUGAUCGAGUUGGUUCUGGAGUACGAGCGCUAGUGCGGAAAUGGGAGUCGCUGCAAGUGGAGCUGCAUGGAAGCUACUCAAUUCAGCGAUUUAAUUCCAUGUUCAAGUAUCGUGCCUCAACUGGCAUUUUACGAGCACUCGUGGUGCUAAUUGCAAUCCCCUUCCUCCCUUUGCUAUGCGUGGCAAUCAUUGAUGCCAUACCCAUGAACUCGCCAGAUCUCGGCUUGGCAGGUAGCGGGACUGUGUGGAUGCGUGGAUUGUCAGUGGGAUUAGUGGAAUCGUUCACGUUGUCAUGGAUGUUUUCCCAGUAUGUGCCAGAACUUCAAAUCUCUAGGCGUAUUUUGCUCUUUACUACGAUUGCAGCGACUGCUGUCAGCCAUCUCGCCGUACUCGGCUUAAUAAUGGUGUUCGGAUACCCACUUCCAUUCACGCUGCUUUGGAUGAGUGGCCCGUGGCUAGGGACCUAUGCAAUGUCAUUGAAGCUUUCAAGGGGUGACUUGUUGAGCAAAAAUCCUGCGGUCUGGCAUGAAGUGCGUCGCUUUUCGAUCUUAUCAGUGAUGCAUACGAGUUCUGGAGUGGUGAUCACUGGAUUCAAUGAAAUUUUUAGGAGCGUUCCUGAAGAAUGGCAAACUUUAACAGCACUUCUCGUACCUGCGUUUAAAAUCACAGAAAGGAAUUUAUUUUGUCGAUUUCUUCGUGGUAAAGACGAUUUGAAACCCGAGCUGGUCGUCUUCACUGUCGAAAUCACUAACGCAUUAUUCAUAUCGACGUCAAUGCAGCAAGCGGCAUCUACGAAUACCAGUGCCAUGCUGAUCCUGAUCGACUUCGUGCAACUAUUAAUCUCAAUUGGUGAUCUGAGCCUGAUGAUCAAAAGCGUUAAAGAAAUCACUGACAAAAUGGGAAUUACACCAAAAGAAAUUAUCGCUAGUGCUUUCAUGAUAUCGACAAAAUAUCCAGAACUAACAAAAGAUACCUCGUUGACCGACACUGCAACAAAAUCGAAAUCUAACGUCUUUCGUUUGUCGACGCUCGAGAAAAUUAACGCAACUGUACUACAACUUGGAAGGAAACUGACCAACACGAAUCAAGUAGCCCCCGCGUUGGCUAAAGCUAAUUUGGAGAUUCUACCUAGCACGCCUGGGGUGGAAUCGGCGGAACAAAAACAUGUAGGACCGAUGCUUGAUGAUCUGGAGAUAAUGGAGCGUAUCUCACCUCGAGAGAGAAAAAUUCUGCUUCGAACGGCACUUCAUAUUUUAUUUUUGACGGAGUUUUUGCUGUUGAACGAGCUUAUGGAAGUGCUCACGCCAAUGAUGUACAGUUUGUAUCUAGUGAUUCUUUUUUACUGUCCAAAUCGAGAGUUUUAUCCAGUGUUUGAUGGAAUCGACGACGCUACGUUUCAGAAAAUCGUUCGCAACAUUGUAUUAACAACUCAUAAGUUUCCUUUUCAUCAACUCGCGUUCGCUGUGAGUUGUUCAUGGGGGAAAAUUCAAUGCAAACUCGUGAUCUGGCUGACGCUGCUUGUACAGUCGACUAUUCCUCAACUGGGUAUGUAA